UGACAGAAACCCACUAAAAAAAAGUUAGCCCAACAACAAACCCAGAUGAAAAGUAGCGAAGUAAAUCUAGAUCAAACACCAAAAGUCCAUCCCUACCUGGAAAAUUGAACACAUGAAAACAAACCCUAACCCCCAAAAUAUUACUACUAUCUUUCAAUUUCAAUUUGGUCAUUAUAAUCUUUAUAAAUUUCUUUCCUUUUUUACGUGAUCUAUCUAUAUCUAUAUGUAUUCAUACUGAUAAUAUAUACACCCAUUAAAUAUUUAGCUUCCUGUAAUUUAUAAAGUAAAAAAAAAAAAAAAAAGGAUGAAUGGUGGGGCAAAUAAUAAUAAUAAGAAAAGUGGGGGUAAAGAAGAAGAACAAGAUGGUUUGUCGGUUCAUUCUCCUUGCAAACCUCCCAAUUCUUCUGCUUCUUCUCUUCGCAAGGAGCAAUCACAGGUUGAUUUGGAGCUUAAAUUACUAGAAGCUCUUGAAAUUUAUCCACCUGUGAAAUUGCGAGGAAUACACCGCCACUUUGUUCUUUAUGGGCUAACAGAAUAUAUGCGGAGAAGCUUCAAUAGGCAGUUUUCUGCAUCAGAUGUCCUACAGAUGCUAGAUCGUUUUUAUAACUUGGAAAUGCUGAAGCCGGAUGAUGAGGAGAUCGGUAUCUUGAAUCAAGUCGAAGAAUUUAGUUUGCCACCAAGUUAUUUUACGAAGGAAGAAUCUUGAACACAACUUACCCUCUGUAAAUAGACAUCUUCUCUCAUCAAGUUGUUCCUCGACUUCUAUUAGAGUUAGGAUCCUAUAUAGAGACUUGUUUGGGAUCUUGAAUUUUGCUAUCUUUAUCAUAUCAUAUGAUCCUAUUAUGCUUGAAAUGCAUUUUUUUGUA